AGUGUUGAGGGUGGGCAGGUCGGACGUGGCUGAGAGUGUGACCAGCGGGUUAUGUGUGUGUUGUGGUCAGCGGGAGACCCCGGGGCCUGGAUUUCGAGUGCAGCCAGAGCUGUGUUUGAAGACGGAAGACUUGAGUCAGUGGGUUUGACGGUGUGGAACUGGGUUUUGCGGCGAGCAGGAAUCCACUUUUUGUGUCCAUUCAAGGGCAUUGCCGAGGGCCCCGGGGGCCAGCGUCGCACUGAGGCCUGUCAGCGAAGCGGGGCGGCCUCAUGGAUCCUCAAAGGCGCAUAGAGCUUCACCAGGGGGGAUGUAUAGGUUGACAAGGUUCUUCAGUAAAUCCCCAGAUCUGACCUCACGCAGCCAUGGGGGACUGGAACUUGCUGGGAAAGCUCCUGGAGAAGGCCCAGGAGCACUCCACCGUGGUGGGCAAGGUGUGGCUCACCGUCCUGUUCAUCUUCCGCAUCCUGGUCCUGAGCGCGGCCACGGAGAAGGUGUGGGGCGACGAGCACUCGGGCUUCACCUGUGACACCAAGCAGCCUGGUUGCGAGAACGUGUGCUACGACAUCACCUUCCCCAUCUCCCACGUCCGCUUCUGGGUGCUGCAGAUCAUCUUCGUGUCCACGCCCACGCUCAUCUACCUGGGGCACAUUCUCCAUCUGGUGCGCAUGGAGGAAAAGCAGAGCGAAAAAGACAAAGACGGACAUCACUCAGACAAGCAGGCACUCGUUGUGGACGGCAAGCACAAGAAGGCUCCAGUCAGGGACAAGAAGGGGCAUGUGCGCCUGCAGGGGGAGCUCCUGCGCACAUAUGUCUUCAACGUCAUCUUCAAGACGCUGUUUGAGGUGGGCUUCAUCGUGGCCCAGUACCUUUUGUACGGCUUUGAGCUGAAACCAAUGUACACGUGCGACAGAAAACCCUGUCCCAAUGUGGUCAAUUGCUACAUAUCCCGGCCCACCGAGAAAACCAUCUUCAUCAUCUUCAUGCUCGGUGUGGCCUGUGUGUCUCUGUUGCUCAACCUCAUAGAGAUCUACCACCUGGGCUUCACCAAGUGUCGCCAGGGCGUGACGUUCAGGAGGAACAAGCAGUUCCCCGAGAAUAUCUCACCGGAGCCCGGCGACACCGUGGUGCCCAUGGCGCCGAGCUACGACGAAUACUUCCACAGCCACCGCCAAGUGCAGCCCGCUUACCCGCCCGUGCCCAGCUACAACCUCUCCCCUCUGCCUCCGGGCACGGACUCGUCCUACCACCCCUACCACAGCAAGGCCGCCUACAAGCAAAAUAAGGACAACUUGGCGGUGGAGCGGAGCAGCAGCAAGCCGGAGGAAUGUGACCUGAGCAGAAAGAAGGGAGGCGGAUCGGCCCCUGCGUCACCUACGCAGGCCAGGCCGGGCUACAGCGCCAAACACAGCAACAACAAGACUAGAAUAGACGAUCUGAAGAUAUGAGAAAGGUUUCCAUUUCUCCGAGGGGUCUUAAAAUUGCUGCGAGGGGGGAUCGUAUGUUGUUUGGAAGCGUUCUCGCCGAAGCGACUUCCCGCUUUAAGGAGGUUUGACUCAUUCCAGCUUGGAGGGGAGUGACAUUUACAGGGCGUACCGUAAAUGUGGAAAGACUGAUGCGGAACAACAAAAACAUCUCCGAUGAACUUUCCAACGUAUGGAAAUUGUGCUGCCCUUAAAUAAGUGCUUUUUAUUUCAAGAAACUUAGUUUUAGACCGUAGCAUCAGCUGUUUAUGUGGAUUGGUGUCGACUGAAUCGACUUGUGUGAAUCCGCUCAGUUCGAUCGCUUCGAAUCGAACGAGCUCGACAGGUCGGCUCAGGUUUAUGUUUUUCGACAAUAUGAGAAAACUCCGGGGCAGCAACCCGUUCAGCUCUGACCUGACCUCGCUGGGGGAAAUCAGAUAGGGCGAACAGUUAAAUUUAACCUCCUUUAACUGUUUUCAUGUCAUCAUCUGGCUCGCUUAGACUUGAAGCGGAGAGUUGUGCAAUAGCUGACAACAUAUUGGACACUGGAAUAGCUGUUACUAAUUCAGAGAAGAACUAGUCUCAGGAGUUCCCACAGUUGUACUGUCUUUCUCUUUCUCUCUCUCCUUUUUUUUUUCCUUUUCAUUUUUUCUUAUUGCGACAGCCAGCAAGUACAUAAUUAUAAGCACAUUGUUUUGUUUAUUCUUGUUUAUAUCUGUAUUUGUGUCGUUUGUUGUCUGUGAGGCACUUGGUGACAACCGUGUUUGUAAAACUGCUUGAAAUAAACCUGUCUUAAAUUUG